AUGUGUCAGGACAUGAAGGUGUGGAAGCAAGUAUUUCAGGAAUUAAUUCAGGAGCUAAAACCAUGGCACAAAUGGACCCUGACACUAGACAAAGGCCUUCUUCCCAACGUCCUGAAGCCAGAAUGGGCACAAUACCAGCAGUGGGUCUUCGCCAGGUUCCAGUGCUCCUUGUGCUCUCGCAGCUGGACCUCUGCCCAAGUUCAGGUCCUUUUCCACAUGCACUGGAGUGAGAGGGAACGCAGGGGCCGGGUGAAGAUGAGGGUCUUUGCCCAGAGAUGUCGGAAGUGCUUCCAGGCUCUGUUUGAGGCUCCCGAGUUCAUAGAAGAGAACAUCUCAAGGAUCCUGAACAACCUGGUGCUCCGAAUUCUGAAGAAAUGCUACAGAGAAAGAUUUAAGUUCGAGGAGGAAAUUCCUACCAUCAAAGAAUCUCUCGAGGGGCCACAUGACAGUGACAACUGCGAGGCGUGCCUGGAGGGUUUCUGUGCCCAGCGCGAGUUAGGUCCAGGCACGGGGCCCCCAGCAAACCCGUCACCUCCCCCGAUACUUUCACCUUCCAUCGGGGUUGCCGCUCCUGCGCCUUCCCCCAAAAUGAGCGGCUCCACAACAGGCACCCAGACGGGGGACACCAGGGUAAAGAAAGAGAAGGUAUUACCCAGCCCCUGCUCUUCCGAGCCCACGCAGGCUGCCAGGUUACCCACUGACUGGAACCCGAGAUUAGACACCCGCACCUGGGUGGAGACCACAGUCCAGGUCCCCUCCUCAGCUGAGGCCUCUCUUCCCCAGUCAUCCCAGCCUGACUCUGCAUUAAGACCUAAAUGCAGGAUCUUAAGCAUUUCCUGCUCUUCCAUCAUUCUAAUCAUUGUCGUGGUGAUUAUUGUACGACAUACUAUAUAAGCCUCAAAACCACAUGCCAAGUUUAAAAAGUCAGACACACAAAGUCAUACAUUGUAUGAUCCAAUUGAACAGAAUAGGCAAACCCAGAGACAGGAAGUAGAUUGGUGGCUACCAGAAACUGGGGGGAAAGGAAAAAUGAGGAGUAUUUAAUCUGUAUAGGGUUUUCUUGGGGAAGGGUGAUGAGAAUGUUUUAGAACAAGAUAGAGGUGGUGGUCGCACAAUGCUGUGAAUGCUCUCUAACUGCCCUUGUAUUGCUCACUUCAAAUGGUUAGUUUGUGUGAAUUUUAGUGAUUAAUUUAAUGUGAACUGCACCUCACUUAAAAAAAAGAAAGACUUACAGCACUAAAUUAUGUUUUCUACCUUUAUCUUGCAUCUACCUACCACUUCAGCAUUUUACUAAAAAAUAAUAAUAAUAAUA